AUGCCUGCCGGUGAUCCGUUCUCGUUUUUGGCGGCCGAGGAGCCCAAGCCCAUCAAGGAAAAGAAGCCUCACUGGAGAGGCAAGCUAUUCUCCAAGGAUAAGAAAGAUCGCUCGACCUCUGAUCAGCAGAUACAAGACUUCCUUGCCUCCAAUCGUCCCAUCCCAGACAACUUUGCUGCCACCAAGGCCGACCCAAGAGAUGUCCCGCUCACCGUUUCGACACGCCAGAUCCCUCCCACCCACGAUGUCGCCCAAAUUCCUGCUCCCUCCAUCCCGUCUCCAUUGAACGAUAGCUAUGCCGCAUUCAACUUCAAGGAACAUGCGCCCCCUGAUCCUCGGGAACUACCCCAGCAGCGAGAGCUUCCCCCGCAGCGGGAACUGCCUCAGCCGCGAGAACUGCCUCAGCACCCGAUAAACCCUCAUAAACCACGCAAGGGCAAGGGUCUCCGUGUGGUAUUCUCGGAUCGGGCUCCUGAUGUCAUUGGAGAAGGUGGUGACGAAACGGAUACUCCCACGAUUGAGAUCUCCUUCUCGCGCAAACGCUCGCGCGAUAGACAGGUAGCGGAGCAACAGCUUCAUAGAGCGCCCUCGCGCUCACCAAACCCAUCGCGCUCGCACCUACCAUCAUUGACCGUCAACACAUCGCUGGGCGAUAGUGAACCGCGAUCCCGCCGGGCUGCGACUCCACAGGAACAGCGGGGUGGGACAAGCCCCAACUCGACCUGGAAGCCGCCUCUCAUGCAACACGAUACGGAAUUUCUCAGCACCUUGCAUAUCGAGAAACCCGGAUCGCGUCUAUCCUUCCGAGGCUCACCCGACUCGCAUUCAGUUGCGGAGCGUGUCCGAGAUCAGAUGCAGGCGGAAGAAGGCCGUGCGCUGCAACAACACCGGUUCGACGACGAUAUCACAUCCCCGACGGAUGAUGACACCGAUAUCUCGAGUCCCGAAGUACCUCCCUCGCAAAGCCCGAGAAGUCCCAAUGAGUCGGUUUAUGAUUCGCUCUACGAGACGCCACCCUAUUCGGCCUCCGCCCCUUCUGUCAAGUCAAUUGUGCAAUCGAUUCGCAACCCUCCCAGCCCGGUCGCCCACCGCGCGCAACCAAAUCUCAGCCCUAUCGAUCCUCGUAUACCUCCUAAUCUUACACCUGGAAGCCCGGCAAAGGCCUCGUCUGGAGUUUUCAAGCUUCCCACUCAUGAGCCACAACCUGCGCCUCCUGUAAACCAUGCGGCACCUCCACCAACACGAGAGCUUCCACGCAGCCCCCAGCCUCCAUCCAUGAACCAGCUUGCUUCUCCAUCCACCGGGUCCAGCCGAGAGCCGUCCCGAAGCCCUCAGCCUCCUAAGUUUUCUCUGCGGGCAGUUGCCAAUCAGGUCGGCGAUACCGCAUUCAGCGAGUUCAAAGAGUAUAUCGGCAGAUACGACAGUCUUUUUCAUAUGGCAGCUGAGAAGGUCAAGCCGAUCGUUGAGACAUCUCUAUCAGAAUGGAUCCGGGCCUCGGUGUGGUGGUUCUUGCGGGGCAAGACGCGGCUUGAAUCUUAUGCGCGUUCUCGCAAUACGGCACCUGUGACCUACGCCAAACAGGCUGUUGUCGACCUGGGCAAAGCCUUUUGGAUCAACGAGAAUAUUGUUCCUGACCAUUAUGAACUCUCUCGAUACGGCGCGAUGGGUAUCGACGCUCUCCUAGCAGUGGCCAGUACUACUGGUGAUAAGGAAUUGGUCGAUCUUCUGAGCCUUCACCAGAAUAUCCUCAACCACCUCCGCUCUCUCUCCAUGUCCAUCAAACGAAACAACAUUCUCGCUGCUAUUUUCGCCGAUGACGAACACUCCCCCAGCCAGCUGGAUACUAGCAUUUGGUUACGAUACCCUUUCUUUGCCCCGGACGUCUCCGCCGUUCUGUCUGGUAGUGCGUCACGGUCCAUGUUGGCUGAUGCACCGGGUAAGACGCCGGACAUGGCGAACAUGAUGCCCCUGGGCGAUACAAGUCGCUUCUUCAGUUACGGCAGCAUGUUCGUGCAAGCCUGUGUGAGUUCGAGAGACGACGAAGGCCAGCAAUACGCCAUGCCCUGCGCCUUGACGAUUAUCCGCGAGAGGUCCGAUUGGUAUGUUUUCGCCGCGAUCACGAGCCAAAGUCAACUUGUCAAUGUUAUGGUUCAAAGCGAUCGCAAGCAGGGACCUACCUGGGACGACGUGGAGUGGCAAGUGCGGAGCAACUCGAUGCGCGUUAAGCUACCCCGUGGGUUCGAGCUUGAUGUCAUGUUUAAGGAAGAUGAUUUCAAGACGCUCUGGAAUAUUGUCAGGUACACCCAAAAGUCCGAGGCAAGUUUGUCGCCCGAGGCUGGUGAAACGGUCGUCUUUGAGAACACCCUCAAGGUGUUCCAAUAUAUGGACACGGGGUCGCCCAAGGCAUUCCCUGCAGAUCCGAUGGAGCGUUGUCGGAUUCGUCUAUUCGAGCGACAAGUCACAGUGACGGAAGGCACUGGCACGCGAAACGCGCACCGUGGAUUCCGCCUGACCGUGCUGACGAGCCCCAAGGUGAAGACUCUCAGUAAUGUCAAGCACAUUGUGGGGUAUGGGUCACCCGUAGUAUUUGGUCUAUUGCGUGGUGAAGACGGCAGUCCCGCCCUGCUUUUGAAGGUUAGGGAAGACGGACGCACGCGGUCUAUGUUGAUGACUUUCCAUGAGGUGGAGGAACGAACCAAGAUUCAUUCUGUGUUGUUGAGCAUGGUACCUCGUCAGAAUGAAACGAAGACCCGCGAAUUCCAAUUCCGUUCUUAUGCAAUCGAAGAGCCGGGGGAUGCAGCUGGUGGGCGUGCUCCUAUCACGCAUCUACAGUUCCCUGCUGGUAAUGCGGCGGUCAUCGAUCAAGAACAUGCCUUUGUGGAUCAUGGUUAUGGGCCGACGAUUUUGUCUGAACAUCUGAGGGCAUUCAUUGCUACGGAGUGGGGGUCUGUUACAGACCGGAUUAACUUGGGACCUGGUGAACUCAAGCUCGGGCUAGAUGUGAAUCGAAUCACUGGCAUGAGUCUGUUCCGUCCGGCACAGCAGGAUCUGACUGUCUCGCUGGCGGAUAACCUGAUUCGACCCGAGAUGCCGGACCAGAUUUCCGAUUUUUUGCAAAAGGCUACGGCUAAGCCGAUGGUUCGUAGGUUUGAAUUUGCUUCGAUGCAGGAUCUCCACGGCUUUGAGGAAGCAGUGACUGGAUUCAAGGUUAUCUACGACGGAAUUGCCUCCUCCUUCACCAUCUCCCGUCGCCGCAUGGUUGUUCCCAUCUACAAGAAAUGGGAAGCCAGCCUCGCCCGCAUCCAGAUUGUGCGGCAAGAGAAGAUUAUCCAACUUAUUGCCUUCUUCUCCGAUUUCCAGCACGGCACCUGUAUGAACUUUGUGCUCAAGGGCACCGAUCAUAUCGAAUCCUUCGGACGCUCUGGCAAGUUUGGUAUCCGUAUCGUGGAUGCUAAGUUUGCGCUGCCGAAGAAGGAUGAGGAUCCUGGGUCGGACUUUGUGUGCUUGGAUAUGCCCGAGUAUCCAAUCGAACAUGACGAUAUUACUAUUACGUUCGAUAAGGAACUUGAUCGCACCAACUUCAAGGUCGCCCUGCCUGGAUCUGUCCGUGAACCAUCACGCAUGGGAUCGCUUCGCCGAUAG